AUGACGGUCGCGGAUCGUGGUGUCAAGCUACCGCGAGCUAUGGGACAUGAGGUUCUAGGCACGAUAGCGAAGCUGGGUCCGGAUGCUCACGGUCUGGUACUGGGCGAUCGUCGCAUCGUUUUUCCCUGGCUUGGAUAUGGCGACUACAGACUAUGCGGGGCAGGCGACGGGAAUCUGUGCGACCGUCCUCAAAGUGCGGGUAUCUUCCGUGAUGGAGGAAUGGCCAGCUUUGUCGUCGUCAGGGAUGCUCGAUAUUUGGUCGACCCCGGCGCCCUCGACUUUGCUGUCGCCUGCAGCUAUGGUUGCUCUGGUACUACGGCGCUCAACGCCAUCCGCAAGCUAAGCCCAUCGAUCCCCGCCCAGUCUGUUGUAGUCAUCGGUGGUCUCGGCCUUGCCGCAAUUUCAAUUCUCCGGGCCUUGCCUCACACCAAUAUCUUCUGUAUCGACAUCAAGGCCGAGGGUUCGCAAGCUGCCACCGAGGCGAGAGUAAUGGCCGCCUUGAUGGGGGGGCAAAAAACGGAACCGGUUUCUUCAACUGUCGACUGCGUCAACAACUCCAAGACGGCGGUACUCUCAUUCUGCAUUCUGGUGAAAGGAGGGAAGAUGGUUGAGGUUGGAUUGCUGGGUGGACUACUCAAUCUCUCACUCGUUGGUCUUGUUGCGCGGGCGGCCACCAUCAUGGGCCGCAACACGGGAACCAUCCAAGAUCUGGAGGUACUUGUUCAGCUCGCAAACAAAAGGGCUCUAGCACCCAUGCCAAUUGCCACAAUGCCGCGAGCACACACCCAAGAAGCUUUGAUGCCACUGCGAGAGAGAAAGGUCAUGGGGAGAUUGGUUUUGGUACAAGGGUAA